GUAAAAUUGCCUACCGGAAAGCGUGAUAAUGCAGGGGCCGCAUCUGCAAUAUAGGCUACAGAACGCUCCAGACACAGGCAGUGCAAGAAAGUGACUCAGCAUACCCCGCACACAGGGUAAAGGAGCAUGGAUCAAUUUCGAAACCUGUUCCUUAAACUGGAUAAAACUCAGGAUGGUUACAUUACGGUUGACGAGCUGCACGAGGAGAUGACGAAAAUUGGCAUUUCAUCUGUGGAUGAGAAAGCCCAGGCUAUUGUGCGGAAUUACGACAAAAACCACGAUGGGCGUUUAGAUUAUGAUGAGUUCCUCGUCUACAUGAUGGACCGAGAAAAGAAAUGGAAAAUACAUUUUCAGGCUCUUGACAAAAAUAAAUGCGGAGCCAUUGAUCAGGAUGAAAUCAUACAUUUGUUUCAGGAGGUAGGACUGAACAUUUCAAAGCAGAAUGCAAAGCGAAUAAUACAAAUGAUGGAUAAAGAUAACUCUAUGACGGUUGACUGGGGAGAAUUCCUUCAGCACAUCAUCAUCAACCCUGCAGAGGACAUAGCAGAGCUGGUCUCAUCCUGGAAGCGCAGCAUGGUGUUUGAUGUGGGCGAGAGUCGUGCAAUGCCGAUGGAGUUCACUGAAGAGGAGACGGAAUCGGGAGCCUGGAGGAAGUAUAUUUUGGCAGCAGGGAUGGCAGAUGCUGUGUCUCGGACUGCCACUGCACCAAUCGACCUCUUAAAAACUCAUCUUCAGGUUUAUGGCUCUAAAUCCUUGUCCCGAGGAUUCAGAGAAAUGCAGUUAGGGGGCUUUAAGUCCAUGUGGCAGGGGAAUGGCGUGAAUGUUCUGAAAGGAACUCCCCAGUCAACCCUCCAGUGCUUCAUCUAUGCUCAGAUGAAGGUGCGCUAUCAGGGUCCAGAGGACAGGUUGUCUGUGCAGCAGAGGUUUGGACUGGGCUGUGUGUCUGGGGCAGCCGCCCAUGCUGUUUUCUACCCACUCGAGGUGUUAAAGGUGAGACUGAACCUCUUGCAGAGGGAUGCCUACAGUGGGAUGUUAAGGUGUGCCAAGUCCAUUUACCAAAAUGAAUCUGUCCUUGCCUUGUACAGAGGUUUCAAGCCCAGCAUCCUCUGCAUGAUUCCAUAUGCAGGGGUGGAGUGUGCUGUCCAUCAGUCAAUAAUGAACUGGGCAAAGACAGAUUCGGCCAACAGCAGUGAUGCCAGGCUGUUUUUCUUCAGCUUUGUAGCCUUUGCAUCAGGACAAACAGCCAGCUACCCCUUGGCAGUAAUCAGAACUCAGCAACAGGCUCAGGCUUUCAAUAUGAAUCCACAAACGUCAAGUGCAGUUCAAGGACUUGUUGAUACCUAUGUGAAGCACGGGCUGAGGGGAUUUUACAGUGGAAUGGGGGCAAGCUUUGUGCGAGCUGUCCCUUGUGCCCUUUUAAACUACACUUUAUCCUCAAAACUUGAAAUGUUACUUUCUUCUUUUGAGUAACAAUUUAUGUCAAAAUAUAGGCUUCAUUUUGUACGACUGCAUACAAAAGAUGUUGUGAAAUUUUAUAACGUAUUCCCCUGGUAACUAUUUUUUAUU